AUGGAUAAAUACGAAAUAAUUAAAAAAAUUGGAGAAGGAUCUUUUGGCAAAAUAUUCUUGGCAAAGGGAAAAGAGGAUAAUGAGAAGUGUGUUAUCAAAGAGAUCAAUUUUACUAAGAUGCCUGUGGAAGAAAAAGAAGCCUCUCAGAAAGAAGUCAUUCUUCUGGCCAAGAUGAAGCAUGCAAAUAUCGUAACCUUCUAUGCUUCUUUGCAAGAAAAGAGCAAGCUAUAUAUUGUGAUGGAAUAUUGUGAUGGUGGAGAUUUGAUGCAGAGGAUAAAUAUGCAGCAUGGAGUGCUGUUUGAUGAGGACCAGAUUCUAAGUUGGUUUGUGCAGAUCUCCUUGGGUUUGAAGCAUAUUCAUGACCAGAAGAUUUUACACAGGGAUGUAAAAGCACAGAACAUUUUUCUUAGCAAUAAUGGAAAGGUAGCAAAGCUUGGGGACUUCGGCAUAGCAAGACAGUUGAACAGCACUAUGGAGUUUGCCCACACCUGUGUAGGGACCCCCUAUUAUCUGUCACCUGAGAUCUGUGAAAAUCGACCUUACAACAAUAAAACAGAUAUUUGGUCUCUUGGCUGUGUACUUUAUGAGCUAUGUGCACUAAAGCAUCCUUUUGAAGGCAAUAAUUUGCACCAGCUGGUGAUGAAAAUCUGCAGAGGACGUUUUCAUCCAGUGUCUCCCAAGUAUUCGUAUGAUCUGAGGGUAUUAAUUUGCCAGUUGUUUAAAGUAUCUCCAAGAGAUCGACCCUCUAUCAAUUCGAUUCUAAGGAAGCCCUUCCUGCAAAAACUCAUUCUCAGGUAUUUGUCCCCUGAGCAGGAGCUUAGUCACACUGUGAUACAUAGAAAAAGACUUGCAGCAUCACAGUCUGGAGCCAAGCUGAUACAGGCACAUAAACUUCAAAAAACGAGAGAUCAGGACCAAGAUUCUCCAGAAUCUGAAAUGGUGGUGCUUCUCAAGAAACAGCAGUUCAUUCAAAGAAAUGAAUUGAAACCUCUUUCAAGAGGACAACAGCUACAGGCCUCCCAAUUUAAGGUGUCAGAAUGUCCAGAAAGUGUUAGAGUACAUGACCAUUAUGGUCAUUACUAUGAUGAGCUUAACAACUUGCGGAGGAAAGCUUAUGCACAUUAUCACCUUUCUCAUAUCAGCCAAAGAUUUGAAGAAUACUAUAGACUAAAAGCACCUCCACCCCCACCACCUGACUGGUCUGCAGAAUAUUUUCAAAGAUGUUCUGAAGCCCAACAGUACAAGAUUAAAGUGGAAAAACAGCUGGGACUGCGACCAUCGUCUGCUGAUGCGUAUCAUGACCAAGUUCAGAAGCACAAAAUAAAGGAAAAGCAUCUCAAAAACCAUCAACAGAACAUGUCUAGAAAGAAUAAAAUGAAAGAAGAGGAGUACCUGAAACAAUUGCAGAAAAUUCGGGAAGAAUACCACAGCAAUAUAAAAGAAUUCAGAUUUAAAGCAGGAGUACACCAGGAGAAUGAAAAAAUACAAGAUAAAACCUAUCUUGUGAGGCAAGGGAAAGCUGAGGACCAAUCUGAAACCAAGGAUACAGCUGGAACAGGAGAAGAAUCACUUCAGAACAUGGAAGAAAACUUUAAGCGAGUCAGACUCCAGGACAGGCAAGACCAAGAAGUCUUAGAAAGGAAACAUAACAGAAAGGGUGGAGUAAAGUUUGAAAUUAAUUUAGAUUCAUGCAUUCUUGAGGAAGACAGCAUUCAAGAAGCAGAGGUACUAGAUAAAGUCAAUGAGACUGUAACUUUUGUGGAUGGUGAGAAUCCUAAGGAGGAAUUGGUGGAAGUUGAUGAAGAUCGCCUGGGCAGAACUUUUGAAGAACUACCUGGAUACCAAACAGAGUCCAGUGACACAGGUGAUGGGAAAGCAAACAGAAAACGUUGGCAAGCUGGAGUCCCUCAGACACUGCUGAAUUUUUUAGCUGAUGCUGAUGUCAUGUCUGUAUGUCCUACUAUGGCUGAAAAUGAACUUGAUGACCAUGCUAUUCUGCCUGGAGGCAGCCCAGAAAACAGGAAGCAGUGGAAACAAACACCACCACAAACACUCCUGAACAUCUUAGCAAAAGCAGAGCUGUCUAAUGAUUCCUUCAUCUGUCUUGAAGAAGAAAUAGAAGGCAAGGAAGAUGAUUCAGAAACACACACUACUGUUGCUGUCAAUGAAGACAGACUUGAGCCAAGAUCAGAUGAUGAAGACACAAAUUUUGAAGAUUCUGAAGAUGAACUCAGACACAAGCUGGAGGAGUCUCCAGAAAAAGUGGCAACUUCUGCAGCAGAGAGUAGCAUGGAGUCUCCCAUCCUUUCACUGAGUAAAGAUCAAAGAGAUGAAGAUUAA